CAGCGCUCCGGUGCCACGGUUUCGGUCGCUGCUCGGAUGUUGCUGCGGGAGGCCUCGGCCCUCGGUCUAGUGCCACAGCAGAGCAUACGCGAAGUGCCAACGGUGCUACCCAAUGCGCACGGAGAGUGUAGAGUGCCUCCAAAGGGGAUGGAAGUCAUAGUGAAAAUUUCCUAAUUAACUGUCAAUCUUAUCUGCCCUUUCUGAAAAGUGAAGAGAAACUGAAAACCUUGACGAUAAAACAUGUUGUUAGUCAUUUAUUAUAAGGAAAACGUAUCAGUGAUCAUAACCAGUGUUGUGUAAAUUAUCGACGAAUAACAAUAAUUGAUCUGUCAGUUAAUUAACGCUUCGAUAUAACAAUAUACCGAUCGAUUUCUUUCCGUUAAAUGACAGAGGGGGAGAAACGCAGUUCCGAGUUAUAAAAAAAAAAAAAAAAAAAACAGACAUGUGUCAGUUCUUUAUUUUAUCGAUCGAGGUCGACAGUGGGUCGUCCUUGACCCCUCUCAGUGUCCUCUCUCGUUCUCAAUCUUUACCAGUCAUUGAAAGCUAGCUCUCGACAGUCGCGAGUAUCUCAAAUGUCCACAGAUGCCCCUCGAGAGAGAGUUUCUGAACCCUUCUCUAGAGGUUCUCAAGGCAAGAGAAGUUUUGAAGGGAUGACAAUGGCAGACGGGGAUGCUGGGUCCUCUCAUGGCUGAAAGAAGAAAGAUUUCGCGUGGAGAACGUCUCUCUCAAGUGCAGGAUGUACAGGUCCAAGGCGCCGAAAAUACAGAGGGUGAACAGUGGUGCCCAAUAAAUAAAAUAUAUUAAGUUUCUAUACAGUGAGAAUUAGAAUGAAAUGUACGAUACGGCCAUGGGCUCUUAAGAAGGUGAACUGAACGGAAAUCUCAGGCAAUUAAGGCCCUAGAAGGGCUUGGCAAAGAUGGAUACCUAUAAGAAUCGCUCAUCUAUUUACAGCUCGUGGCUGGAAAGCUUGCGUUCCCCGGACACAGAGUUCUCGGAAAAUGUCGCAAUGGAUUACGCCACGGACGAAUGGCCUCAAGGGAGGUUCGCGUAUGACGUCAACGGGUCGAGCUACAGAAACGGAUCGAGGUAUCGCAACGGGUCGUUCGAUAACUCGAGCUCAGAAUAUGACUACGACUACGACAUGGCUCUCGAGACCUUCUUCUGGAGCCAACUGGUGCCUCCCCUGGUGGUGUAUUCGGUGACGUACGUGGUGGGGGUGGUGGGGAACGUCCUCAUCAUCUUCACUAUCGCCAGGUACAGGAGACUGAAGACCACAACCAACGUCUUCCUGGCUUCCCUCGCUAGUGCUGACCUUCUGCUCAUUCUGAUUUGCAUCCCCGUGAAGAUAGCGCGCCUCUUCUCCUACACCUGGACAAUGGGAUACUUCCUCUGCAAACUUAUAUAUUACAUGCAGACUGUGUCUUCCGUCUGUUCAGUACUUACCCUAACUAUAAUGAGUCUUGAAAGGUGCUAUGCCAUUAUUUACCCAAUGAAGGCCAUUUACGUCUGCACAAUCAGCAAAGCCAGAAAAGCAACACUUGUCAUCUGGAUCGCUUCCUUCAUCCUGGCUUCUCCAAAUCUUCUCAUACGGAUCCACAUGGAGGUGGGAGUGCGGGUGCGAGCCUACUGGUGUGUCAACAACUUUGACGCGCCGCUGACGUGGCGCGCUUACGAGACCUACAUGAUGAUCCUGGUUCUUAUCCUGCCGGUGUGCGUCAUGGCGGUGGCUUACACCUCCAUCGGUAUAGCCAUCGUCAAGGUCGUUGGGCAACGGCGGACCAUCACGGGGAAGGGCCAAAUGGAAACCGCUGAGACCACUGCCAACGGGCAAGGGGGUCCUGGGACAGGGUCGCUGCCAACGGAGGAUAAAACAGUACGACAGGUGGUCCCGAUGCUGAUUGUCGUAGUAGUGCUGUUUCUGAUCUGUUGGGGACCCAUACUGGUGCUGAAUAUACUGCAGGCUUUCGACGUGGUGCCACUGUACGACGUGUGGGCCAUGCAUGCCAAAACGGCGCUGGACUUACUCUCGUAUGUCAACAGUUCCACCAAUCCUAUCGUGUACGGCUUCAUGUCCAGAAACUUUAGGAAGGGAUUCCGGAGGGCGCUGUGCUCUGUAGUCCGUCAGGAUGAAGGUCACCACUCCCUGUCUCAGUCCCACACCCUUCGGCCGGUCACUGGUGCUAAUAGAGUUCUUAAAAACACAAGCAACGGAACUACAAAUACCACGCGAGUCAGGUAAAAGGAAUUUUGCAGUCAAUCGGAACGAAUACGGUCGAAGAGGUCAUGCUAUCUCCACGGAGAGUCCGAAACCUGGAUAUGAUUCCUGCCACAUUUAACAGAGAUGAAGGAAAAUAGAGAUGAUAAAAUCGAAGGGGAACUUACCUCGUGCUUGAAAGAGCGAGAGGGACAUUAAAAAAGCAAGAAUGUCACCAAACAAAAAGGAAGCAUCGUGACUCUUGGUUAAAAGAACGAGAAGAAAAGUGACUAGUGAUCCAUUAACGAGCGGGAAAGCAAUAAAUGAAAAAUGACGUGAAAGGGAACGUAACUAGUUUUUAAAAGAAAGAGAAUGGUGAUUAACUUAUUUUUAAAAAGUGACCUGCGCUUACAAGAAGGAGACAGGUGAUUAAUUGGAUGAGAGGGAACGUGAUUCUUGUGAAUUGGUGUUUUAGUGGGCGGGCGUAACGUACUGAUUACUAGAGGGAACGUACAUGCGACUGUAAGAACGAAAAAAGAACGUGGUAAUGGAUUACAGGGGUAAGAUGAAACUUGCCUGGUAACUUAAAGAAACGAAAGUGAACGAAGAGGAAAAAAAAGAAAAAACUGAACAGUUAGUUCGCAAAUAUACAAGUGAAGAGAACCCGCAAUAUAAAUGAGUGAAUGAAAAUACCUUACUAAAAUGUUUGUGUCGCUGUGAUGGGACCCAUAACUGCUCAACUUCUGGCUUACUCAUUUAUGUGGAAUAAGAAUAUAGAUAUAUGCUAUAUAUAUUUACUAAAGAGUGAACUAUUUAAGCUUUAAGAUUAACAUGAAAGACAGACGUGAAUGAAGGAAUGUGACAUUUUCUGCAAUUAAGGGCCAGCUUUCGACAUUUCUAAACACUUAGUGAUCAUAAUGCUCAUUACUGGAUAGAAUUAGAUGAACGUGGGUUCUUUGGAGUUAAGAAUGUUAGUAUGUGUUUUAUUUGAGAGAAAAAAAAAUAUCAUGGGUGCAUGGGAUCUGAAAGUACCAGUAAUCACAAACUGAUUGAUGUGCUUGUGUGUACACCUUUAAAAGAAGCAUUUCGAAACUGCAGAAAUGUUCGGAUUUUUUUCAGUGUUCUGGAAUAUUCAGAAAAGUGCGAUUUCCCAGUGAAAUGUGUUAGAUUUUAAUAUUUAUAGCCUAUCUAUCUACGAAAAAUGUUUAACGUCUUUUAAAUCACGUGGAAUAUUUAAGAGAGAAAUAUUCCGUUUAGUGUUUGGUGCUCCGUUUUUGAAAACGGUUGGAUAUCUUAGAUAUUUUCAAGAGGAAUUUCUCUUAAAAUAUUCUGAAACAAUAAUAACGUUUUAGAUUUGUUAUACAGGCCGAAACGUUUCUGACAGACUUCUCUCUGAAUGUUGCAACCAAUUAAAAUAUAUUUUAGAAUACUUUCUUCAUUAUUGGUAGAAAUUAUUCUUGAAGGCUGAUUCGGAGACCUAAAAUACCUUAAAAAUAAAUCCAAAUCUGAAUCUGAUUUUCUUCCUUGGACUCACUCCAACUGAAAGUUAGUGCACUGGCGACCUUGACCUACUGUUAAAGGUAGAAGCCAAUGCGACUGCAUCUUCAGGGAGGUUCCAGUGUCUGUAUUCUACCGCUCUGGCUGAGGAGCAAAUUUUUUUAUAGUGAGAUUCAAAGAAAACUAAUUUAGCACAAAAUCAUAUUAAAGCCGAUCAUUGAAAGUCGAUUUAUUGAACUUAAUCUUGCGUCUCAUUCGUUUUUGAAUAGUGAGGCAUUCCAAUGCAUUGUAUCCAGUUUGUGGCUUUUCUUUACGAAAAGAAGAAUAAAGAAUAAAGUCUCUCUUCAAUGAGGACAGGUUACAGGAGUCGGGAAACUCAGAAGCAGGCAAUAAUUCCACAUACAAAUGAAUGACGAACCUUCAUUGUAUAAUAAUACCUAAGUGAAUGUUGUAAUUAUCCAAGAAUGACACAUUAGUGAAAAUUGGAACAAUGUCUCAUUCCUGCGUAAUAUAUAACUUUUUUUUUCAUUUCCUUUAUAAGUCAUCAGGGGGAGAAUUAAGUUAGUAUUUAUUUAUAAUCUUUAUCAUCAUUCUUCUCAUUCUUCAUUAUUUAUGUCUCGUUCAUUUUUCCAUCAUUGUCUUUCUCUUAAUCAAGCUCUUGAGAUGUCAAGUCAUUUUCACUGUCAGUAUCAUUCCUUGUCAUCGUCUUGUCACUGUUAUAUCACUAACAUUUUCCUAAAAUUUCUUCAGAAUCAUAUAAUGACCAUGAUCCAGAAUAGCAUUAUUAUAUCUGACUAUUUCUCUAACCAUUAUCACUAUCAUAACUCAAAGAAUCUCAUCGCCUUAUUACUAAUACAAUUAUUAUAACUAUUAUCAUUUGCGCUACGAUUGUCAGUACCAUGUCAUUUAUCGAUGUCACUACAAUGAAUAUUUGCUCUUCAUCAUAUAAUUUCCAUUAUCGGUCUAACUGAAAUCAUCACUAUCAUGAAUAUUAGUUGCAGUGAAAUUUUGACAAAAUGACCGAAUUUCCAUCAGCACUUUUCAUCUCAUCGUGUUCGCUAAGAAUUUGUCACUAUCACACAAUUAUCAUUAUCUCCAUGAAUGUUAUUAAUUAAUAUCACCAUCAUUUUUGUACAAUUUGUCAUUAGGAGAACGUUUCAACGCCUUUUUUCAUCACAAAUCUAUAUCAAUCUCAUCGUGACAUCUUACAGUAUCAUACAAAAUGUUUAAACAGCACUUUUUCAUUUUACCUUUAUCUGAAAUAUAUUACUCGUCCACAAAUCUUGCAAUCACCCAUCAAACUUUUUAAAAAUAUUUUCCACAAAUGGUACUGCUAAAAUAUCAAACAUCACCAGUCUGUAAUUCUUCGCCUUCAAUCACUUUAUUAAUAACGUGUAAUCAAUUAAAUCCUGUAGUUAAUUACGGCCGAGACUAACAUACUUGAUUAGCUCAUCAUAGACGACUUAAUCAAGUUUAUUAAUCAUCAAACGUAUAAACUUCAUUAGCAACGUAAUUGAAGUCACGACUAAUUUCGUUUGCUUGUUAAUAUCCUAUUCAUGAACCACAAUAUUAUUCAAAUUUUCAAAUCAAUCAUUUGAACACCUGAAAACCAUACAGCCAAAGCAUCCUUCAUCCAAUCAUAAUCUUACUAUUCAAGGUAAUAUCAAUUUGUCAACAUUUUUAUCUCAUCACUCAUUCACUGUUUUCAUUGGUCGCAUUAUGAUAGUGUUUCCUCUAUCUUUUCAUUUCAUUAUACUUCAGUCGUCCUAUUCCAUAUUGCCAUCGCAAUUACGCCGCUAUUUUCUUCCUUACAAUUUUCUCAUUACGAAAUGCACAGCUGAACAGUUCAGAUCUGCACUCAUUAAUCAUCGCAAAUCUAGCUCAUCGUCAUCCUCAUUAUGGCAGUCAUCAGUCACUGCACAGAGUAUUCACGUACCUAUCAUAAAACACCAGUGAUCGUUACUGUGUCAUUAAUGCUUCUCAUGGCUGUUAAUGAGCUUUGUGUUAAAUCCACGGGGGAGGAUUUCUUAAAACAGAUAUUAUUUCACAGUUUCAUACUAUGUAUGAAUGUAAUCCUUAUGUAUAUUCACACAGGUACAUGCAUAGAACAUGUUUUCAUUUGAAUAUAAACUAAGUCGACUUGAGUGAGAAGACACGGUGAAGAAGUAGGGAUUUUAUACCGAUGAAACAAAAUGGAAACUAUAGAAUCUUAGGUGAGUCCAC